CUUUCAACAGAUGAAUUACUGUCACUUACUGUAGGCGAGUUAAACAAAAAGAUGAAAAAUGUCAAUGUAUCCCAGGUUAAAGAAGUGAAACAGUUGAGAAGAACACUCAAGAACAGAGGGUAUGCUGCCAUAUGCAGAAACAAAAGAGUUGAACAAAUAGGCAAAUUGGAAGCUGAAAAAAAAUCCUUGCAGAAAGAAAUUAGUACAUUGAAACAAGAAAAAAAU